GAGGAAGCUUCAUUUCCGCCAUCAUCCCUUCGUCACAGAGCUACAGUGCUAACUUGCUAACCCACUUCCCUCACUGCACAGUCUUUUUAUUCGACUAACGCAAUGGAGGUGACUAUGGACCCUUUGUUUCUGGCAUGGAGCUACUUCAGGAGGCGGAAGUUCCAGCAGUGCUCCGAUAUUUGUUCAAAAAUCCUAGCGGACAGCCCGUACGACCAGGACACUGACUCCUCCUUGCUUAUCUCAGAGGCUGCAUGGAGUUUGAAAACCCGUGCUCUGACAGAGAUGGUGUACAUAGAUGAGGUUGAGGUGGACCAGGAGGGGAUUGCUGAGAUGAUGCUGGAUGAGAGCUCUAUUGCCCAGGUUGCACGUCCUGGGACAUCACUGAGACUCCCUGGGACAAGUCAGGGCGGUGGUCCCACACCGGCUGUCAGGCCUAUGACCCAGUCAGGGCGUCCCAUAACAGGAUUCGUGAGACCCAGCACACAGUCGGGGAGACCUGGGACGAUGGAGCAAGCCAUCAAGACCCCCCGCACUGCCAGCACUGCCCGUCCUGUCACCAGUGCUUCUGGGAGAUUUGUUCGUCUGGGAACAGCCUCCAUGUUAACCAAUCCAGACGGACCAUUUAUAAAUUUAUCAAGACUAAAUUUGGCCAAAUAUUCUCAAAAGCCCAAUUUAUCCAAGACAUUGUUUGAGUACAUCUUCCAUCACGAAAAUGAUGUGAAAAAUGCUUUAGAUUUGGCUGCUCAAGCCACUGAGCAUGCUCAGUUCAAAGACUGGUGGUGGAAAGUCCAGCUGGGAAAAUGCUACUACAGACUUGGUUUAUAUCGAGAAGCGGAAAAGCAGUUUCGAUCAGCUCUCAAUCACCAAGAGGUGGUGGACACAUAUCUCUACCUUGCUAAGGUGUAUCAGCGCAUGGAUCAACCAAUAACGGCACUGAACCUCUUCAAACAAGGCCUCGACCACUUUCCAGGAGAGGUCACUCUUCUAACAGGAAUUGCGCGUAUACAUGAGGAGAUGAACAACAUCACCUCGGCCACAGAGUACUACAAAGAUGUCCUGAAGCAGGACAACACUCAUGUGGAGGCUAUUGCCUGUAUAGGCAGCAAUCACUUUUAUACUGACCAGCCUGAGAUUGCCCUGCGCUUCUAUAGACGGCUGCUCCAGAUGGGGGUGUAUAACUGCCAGCUGUACAACAACCUGGGUCUGUGCUGCUUCUACGCCCAGCAGUACGACAUGACUCUGUCCUCAUUUGAGAGGGCUCUGGUCCUGGCGGCCAGUGAUGAAGAGCAGGCUGAUGUCUGGUACAACAUAGGACAUGUGGCUGUGGGCAUAGGGGACUUGACCCUGGCAUAUCAGUGUUUUAAACUGGCUUUGGCUUUUCAUAAUGACCAUGCUGAGGCCUACAACAACCUGGCCGUGCUUGAGCUGCGCAAAGGUCGUGUUGAACAGUCUAAAGCCUUUUUGCAGACUGCUGCAUCACUGGCCCCUCACAUGUAUGAGCCACACUUCAACCUCUCCACUCUCUCUGAAAAGAUUGGAGAUCUUCAGAGCAGCUACACCGCUGCCCAGAAGUCCGAGGAUGCCUUUCCAGAGCAUGUCGACACCCAGCAGCUUCUCAAACAGCUUCAGCAGCACUUUGCAUCACUGUGAACCUCCAGCCUGUAUGCUUCGGGAGCAAGGUGUGAUGUGACUGAUGUAGCCGUCAGAGAUAUCAGUGCAGCAGUGGCAGGAACAUGACGAUACGAUUGUGAAAUUUCUGAAAGAUUGGUACAGUACUCAGACACAGAGAAUUGCUAAAUAGAAAUUUAUCAACUGUAAUUUCUCAUGUUGAAGACAUAUAGAAAUCCAGACAGUCAGACAGCUUAGUACAAAAAACAUUGCCAUUUUUUUUUGUUGCAAAUAAGAAGUUUGACUUUCUGCUUGCAAUGAUGUUUGGGUAAUGAUGUUAGUUUUCGCUUUUACUUAUUUUUUAAAUGACAUGUAUACAAGUGUGUAUAAUAGUAAUAUGUACAUAGUCAAAUAUUGAUAUGGAAAAUAAUUUAUUAUAGUGAAUUGACUGGCAUCUUUUUAUAGUUCUUUCAAUAUGUCAGAUGUAUUUUUUGGUAUUCCAAUAUUUAUUACCAUUUUGUAGUCUCGACUAAUAUUGACAUGACAAUAAAAACAGUAACAAUUCUUAAUGUGUCA